AGUUGUCGACAUAGCUUGACCGAUCGUUAAUCAGUCCAGUUAAAGCUUGUUUUGUGGCUAGCAAAAUGACCGAAGAAGUAGAUACAUCGCAAUUUAAUGCCGACGAGCUUCAGCCACCAACUUGGCUUAAUGCCCAGUUUAUUGAAGAGGCCCUGAGUGCUUACGAAAAGGUUCCAUUGCAAGUUACCGAUCUGAAAAUAUCACCAGCUACUGCCCAGGGAGAUCAUUAUGCCAGCGUUAUGUUCCGAACUGUUGCGGAGUACACCACCGCGCAGGGAAAGUUCUCCAAACCAAUGAUCGUUAAGACGAUGCCGGAGGAAGGUCACAAGAAGGAUAUACUCAAGGAUUCGCACAUCUUCGAAACAGAAAUCCUGAUGUACAGCAAGGCGUUGCCGGAGUUUGAGAGGAUUCUGCAAGAGGCAGGGGACAAUACCAAGCUCUAUGUGCCGUGCAUCUACCACAGUCUGCAGCCUCGGAAGGUGAUGAUCUUCGAUGAUCUGGUCCCGCAGGGAUACACAGUCAUCCGAAAUCGCCCUGCCACCAAAGAAGAACUGAAAAAAGUCUUUUCGAAAUUAGCCAAAUGGCAUGCAGUCAGCAUGAAAGUUAUAAAUGAGAGACCUGACUUCGUUAAAGAAUUUAAAUAUGGUAUGUGGGACAUGACUGCUUUUUUAAGCGAUCCCAUGAUCACCACUGGGCUACCAUGUUUUCUGGAAAUGCUUGACAAGGUUCCGGAACUUACAAAGUACAAGCCGUAUUUUGAAAAAAUUAAGGAGAACUACAUCCAACGGAUGAGUGAAAUUAUGUUGGAAUACCGUUCCAAUCCGCAAGCAAAUAGGUAUUAUGUGCUGUGCCAUGGCGAUUUUCAUAUUCGCAAUAUGUUGUUUAAGAACAACAAGGAAACGGGAGCCCCGGAUGAUGUUAUGCUGGUGGAUUUUCAGUUUAGCAAUGUUUGUCCCAUUACCAUCGACCUGACAUACUCCGUCUACAUGCUGAUGGAGUCAGAGGAGCGCUGUGACCUCGGUAAAGAUUUUAUCAAUUAUUAUUUCUCUGUUUUGGUGGACACUCUGAAGAAAGUGGGCUUCAAGGGUGAAGUGCCCACCCAGAGUGGGUUGUGGAAUCAUAUUCGUGGGCAUAGAUAUUAUGACUUCUUCCUGAUGACCUCUUUCCUGGCCAUGAUACUAGCCAUUAAAACGAAUAGUUUAAAAUUGACAGAUUUAAUUUUGGAUCACGAAACAAAACAAAAAACAUAUUUCUUGGAUGCUUACCUCAAAGAUGUUAAAACACUGUUGCCUAUAUUCGAAAAAAUGGGUUAUUUUGAAAAUUUAUAAAAUAAAUUGUAUAAUAAUCAAUUAAAAUAAAUAUUAUAGGGUAAUACUA